CAAGCCGACGCUUUUUCCGGGUUUUCCCCACAUAAAAUCAUCACUCUCACACAGUACACUACACUCACUCUCACACCGAAAGAGAAGACAAUGUCGACUCUCUGUGUUCCAUCUCAGGUUCCAUCGGUGGCCGAAGACUGUGAACAGCUCCGCAAGGCAUUUGCAGGAUGGGGAACGAAUGAGGGUUUGAUCAUAUCUAUUUUGGGCCAUCGAAAUGCUGCCCAGAGGAAGCUGAUUAGACAAGUAUAUGCAGAGACCUAUGGAGAGGAUUUGCUCAAAGUUUUGGACAAGGAACUGACAAGUGACUUUGAGAGGGUUGUGAAGCUCUGGACGCUGGACCCUGCAGAGCGCGAUGCGUUUUUAGCUAAUGAAGCUAUAAAAAAGUGGACAUCGAGCAAUAAGGUCCUUGUGGAGAUCGCUUGUGCAAGGUCUCCAAAGGAACUACUGCUAGCAAGGGAAGCUUAUCAUGCUUGUUUUAAGAGAUCUCUUGAGGAGGAUGUUGCUUAUCACACAUCUGGUGACUUCCGCAAGCUUUUGGUCCCCUUGGUGAGUUCAUACCGAUACGGAGGGGAUGAUGUCAACUUGACUCUUGCUAAAACAGAAGCUAAACUUCUGCAUCAGAAAAUCUCCGAGAAGGCUUACAGUUGUGAUGACAUCAUUAGGAUUUUGACCACAAGAAGUAAAGCACAAAUCAAUGCAACACUGAACCAAUACAAGAAUGAAUUUGGAAGCGAUAUAAACAAGAACUUGAAAGCUGACCCUAAAGACGAGUUUCUGGCCUUACUGAGAGCUACCAUCAAGUGUUUGGUCUGCCCUGAGCAGUACUUUGCAAAGGUUCUUCGUCUUUCAAUCAACAAGCUGGGAACAGAGGAAGGAGCUCUUACCAGAGUUGUUGCCACUAGGGCUGAGGUUGACAUGAAGGUUAUUAAAGAUGCUUACCAGAAGAGGAGCAGUGUGCCACUUGAGCAAGCCAUUGCAAAGGACACAAGUGGAGACUAUGAGAAAAUGCUUUUGACCCUCAUCGGGCAUGGGCCAGAAUGAGGUGGGACGGUAACUGUUCUCUUUUCGUGCUUAUGGUACUGAACCAUUAAUCCUGCUUUGAACUUUGAACUUAGAAACCUUAUCGAACUUUUGCUAGUUUGAUCGAGUGUCGUUUGGUUUGGAGCUAAAUAACAUGCCUCUGAUAGAGGAACCUUCGUUGUUACGUAUGUCGUCAUGUGUAUCGGACUUCCCUCUUUUGUGGUAAAUUGAUCUUUCACUCAUA